CAUCCGGGAAAAUAGAACGGAGUACUGCAGUUUCAAUUAGGAUUUUUAUUAUGUCUGCAUACGUUGUCAAUCUUCGAGACAAAUUUUUCUGAGAGUAAGGUAACAACCAAUAUCAUUAGCCAUGUGUGACGCCCAUCACCCAUCUUCCAUGUAGCCCUCUGUCAUCACCCCCCGACCAACUGACCAAUUGGACAGGUUGUCAGGCCCCCCCAAUCUACCACGAUGAAUACAAUGCGCAGGAUUAUGAACCGCUCUAUGCGGAGCCCGCCCUCAACGCAGGAUAACUCGCUGGGUUUGAUGCAUUUGAGGAAGCUCUACGUUGAGCUUUGUUGCACGUUGCAGCCGCUGACGCAGAAGGAACAAGAAGAUAAACUGUACAUGAUGCUGCCUCUCUUCUGCAAGGUCUUUGAAAAUAGCGCUGGUCAUGAAAUGAUGGAUAAAUUUGGAGAUGUUUUACAAUUUGCCAACCAUGUUGCCAGACUCUUUGUAACUGAGGUACGCCGGAGAGCAUCUGACCAAUCCACAGAAGCAGCAAGUUGCUCCAUCGCCGAGUAUCUUGAAAUCCGCUCCACGGCCGAGAGCAGUAACGGCUGGAUGCUUCUCACGACCCUGAACCUUCUCGCCGGUGGCGGUCAGAGCAUCGUCAACAUGAUGAUGAUGGCAGCGCUGCCCUCAACGUUGGUCAAGUGUCUGUAUCUUUUCUUUGAUCUUCCGGAGAUUCCCAAGGAGGAGGAGGAGAAGAAGGAGGAGGGGGGAGGGGAGCUGACUCCGACCAAGAGGAGAGAGCUACUCCAUAAAUAUGUUGUGCAGCUCCUUGUGAAACUGUGCAACUACCCCGCCCCUGCGGACGAGCUCGCCAAGAAAGAUGACCUCACCCUCCUCUUCAGCGCUAUCACAAGCUGGUGUCCUCCUCACAACAGUCCCUGGAGGAAAGGAGCGGCCGAAGUCUUGACCACCAUCUCAAGACACGGACUGACGCAGGACGUCGUGCAGUAUAUUCACAACAAAGGAUGCCUUGCCCUCUGCGUGGACAACAUGCAGCAGGUCCAGGAGCUGACCCCCUUGGAGAAAGUCGAGAUGUGCUUCACAGUCUUCUGCUUCCUCAAGGAUUCCAGCGAUAAGUCCAGGGUCCUUCUGGAUGAGUUCAGGUCUUGCCAAGGCUACAUCUUCCUUGCGGACUUUGUCUUAAAAUUGGAAUCCAUGGGCGAUCAGGAAUCCAUUGACUCGUUAAGGAACCUCGUCUUAUUGAUCUCAUCGUUAACUCAGUGUGGUUAUAACGAGUUGAGGCCAAACUCGGCCGUUUACGAAGCACCAUUCCAACUACCAGGCUUCACACUACCACAGCCAAGCGGCAAUGGUAACAGUGUGAGAAAUCUUCAGGCAUUCCAAGUACUACAGACCAUCUUCUUAAAGGCCAACACAAUACAGCUAUGCGGCGUCAUCCUCGAGGUCAUCACAAACAUCUACAACUCCGACAACGCCAACUACUUCAUCUUGGAGCCGCAGCACACCCUGUCACAGUUCAUCGACCGAGCGACAACCAAGUCACCGGACAUCCAGCUCAAGAUCUUUGAGUUGUUGGAGUUUGUCGUCUUUAAUCUCAACUUUGUUCCUUACAAGGAGCUGAUCAGUGUGAGCUUACUCAUCAAGGCAGGGAGUGCGAUAGAUUGCUUAAUCAGAGCCAUCAAGUGUCUGCUGAGAAUCUUAAGGCACAGCGUCGUGUACAAGGAUGUCUACAGAGAGGUCGGGCUACUUGAAGUCAUGGUGACGUGUCUUCAUCGAUACGCCGCGUCUCUCAAAGAUAAUCUGCCUGACAACAAAGAGGAUAUAUGUUCUGUACCAGAAGUCGAUAUCCCAGAGCAGGACCAAAAUCUAGCAUUCCUUGUGAUGGACUGUCUCACAUUGUUGCUACAUGAAAAUGGAGAUAACGCUACUGUGUUCCGUGAGUGCGGCGGUGCUCGGUGCUCGCACAAUCUGGUUCCCUACAUCCAGUGCAGACAGCAUGCGUUGGCUAUCGUACAGCAGCUGGUACUCAGCAGGGACGGUGAAGACGACAUGGGGACGUUACUAGGGUUAAUGAAUUCCACUCCGCCCAAUCAGUUGCAGCUAAAGACUGAUAUAUUACAGUCGCUGUUGAACGUUUUGAGGGACAGUCACCGCUCACGGACGGUAUUCCGCAAGGUUGGAGGGUUUGUUUAUGUUACUACGGUGCUGGUUAGCAUGGAAGGAAGCUUGAGUGAAUACCUGAAAUCUCCAUGGGAUACUGCUUCCAGAGAGCAGAUUUUCACCUUCAUCCACGUCAUGUUCCAGACGCUUGCAGCAGCCAUGAGACAGGAACCGGCCAAUGCAAAAUUCUUUGCCUCAGAGAUUCGUUAUGAGAGCUUGACUGAUGAUAUAAGACGUCUCGGUUGUUUGAGUCAUGCCACAGAGUUGCUGCCACAUUCUCACUUUCAGUCGGUUACUAACGACGGAUCAUCGAGCACGCUGCCAUUCCAUAACUUAUUUGAUAUCGAUGGAAGUCCAGAGGGUAUCCCAGACAUCUUGAAGUCGGCGUGUUUAUUACUAAGAUGUCUGUACGACACUGCCAUAGACGCAUUCAGCAGCAAAUCCGCUCAGACGCCCAUCAACUCGCCAGCUUCCAGUCAUCAUGUCCACGAUUCCUUCCCUCCCCUACCCACCCCUCCCUCCUCCCCAUUGAAUCCACACUCCACGAGGUUAUCACCCCGCCCGUCAAGGGGUCCGCCACCCCAUGUGUCGUCACCUCUGACACCACACGCUCCCCCACCCCCAAACCAUCCGACCAUCGUCCACCCAGGAGCAGUUCUAACCAUGCUGGAUUUGAUGCCGUCUCUACAGUGUGAGAAGAACAGAAAGCUUGCCCUCCGACUUCAAAUGCACAUCGCUGACGUAAUCCAAGACCUGGUCAAGAGCGAACGCAACCAGCAGGUGAUGUGCGAGAACGGUUUACCGCAGAGACUCCUUCAUCUUGCAUCUGCUGCUCUCGCUGACGAGGAGCACCCGCUGCACGGGAACCUUCAACACAUGCUUGAGAGGCUUGCCUCGCAGGCGCUAGAACCCAAAGAUCUCAGGGAUUUCUUGAGGCUUGGUUGUCCCCUCAACUGCAAGCCCCUCGACGAUUGCCCAAACUCUUCAAGCCAAAGUACUUACCUGGACGUACCUCUCAGUGCAAUAACAAUCGCCACGCCGAUCCUGACUCCAGACCAGCCCGGCUACGCCACAUCGCCGGAUUUCUCCGACACGAACAGCGCAAUAUCCGAACUCUCAACCAAGUGUCUGUGCAACCUGUGCACGACACAGGGAAACGUUGUCCCCCUGACGCGGGUCAAAUGUUUGGUUUCAAUGACAACUCCGCGGGACGUUCGUCUGAACAGCACAUCGGUGACGCCGGCGUUUGUUGAGUUCGAUAUGAGCGCUGAAGGUUUUGGGUGUUUGUACUUACCGAGUAUUGCUCCGCAGUCUUCGCCAUCUCAGACUGUAGUCAAUGUUGGCAUAGCAGCUACUGUGGACUCAGCUAACAUCAGUGGCGUCGGAACAGGUGAGAGGCCGUUCCCUCCCCAGUCAGGCUUGACGUAUUCCAUCUGGUUCUGCGUUGAUCGUUACUGCGCCUCUGAAGCCAAGUCCCAUCAAGUCCGUCUACUCACUCUCGUUAGGAAUGUUAUCAGUACCGACAAUCACUCCACAUGUCUCAGGAUCAGUAUCGCUGGACCCGAUCGCAAACUGGUCAUCAACACGGCUGAGGAAUCUCUUUCAAAAACAGAUGACAAGCCAAAUAAUGACCCCUCAGCCGUGCGGGUUUUCUGCCCAGAGCUCGCCCAAGAAGGCAAGUGGCAUCAUCUCGGCGUAGUGUUCAACAAAGCAGUACUCAAGAACAGCUCAGUCUCUCUGUAUGUAGACGGCACUCAUAUACACUCACACAAGAUGCCGUACAUCCAAACCCACGCUCCGGGUGCAUCCAGUUCCCCUACAAACCCAACCUCGGUCUAUGCCUACAUAGGUACUCCGCCCCCUCAGAGGAGCUCAUCUAGGUUGCUAUGGCGACUUGGCCCCACCCAUCUCUUUGAAGAUGCUCUGACGCCACCAACGUUAUGUGCAAUCUACCUCCUUGGACCAACCAAUGUUGGAAGCUUUCAAGCUCCUCGCACUGAAGACUUCAGUCCAGUGAAGAUUGACUUGACUGCCCUACAGAUCCAAGAGGAGAAGAUAGUGAUUGGAAUCCACGCUCACGCCCUCUCUGUUCUCACCAUCUCCAAGAUCAGGAAGACGUUUAACAAGUUUGACAGCAAGUCGGUGGCUAAGCAGCUUGGACUAUCUACCCAUGAGAACUCUACCCCAAUCCGCAUCCUUCACAACUCAGCUUGCCAUCUCAGUGGUAGUGGAAGAUCACUCGGAGCAGUACUCAUCGGAAAUAUAGGUGUACGAACGUUUGGUCCAAAGCCUGUCGCCAGCACAUUAGAGAAUAUCGGAGGUUCAGCUCCUCUCCUUGGUUUGAUCGCGAUGUCAACGGAUGUGGAGGGAUUGUACGCUGCAGUGAAGGCCCUCGUCUGUGUCGUCAAGAAUAACGGACCAGCUAUGGCCGAGAUGGAACGAACGAAAGGGUACCAGAUCCUUGCCUUCUUAUUGAAGAAGAAGAAACAUCUUUUGAACAGUCACAUCCUCCAUCUGACGUUCUCCUUGGUUGGAACGAUCGACAGUGGACGUGAGACCACCAUCAUCCCUCAUAGGAUGGCUUUUGAGGAUCUACUCGCGGAUCUAGAGGUAUGGCACAACGCCCCGUACGAUCUCCAGCGCUCCCUCUACGACCACUUCUACGAGCUUCUGACAGACUCCAGCGAGGCUGAGAAGAAUCGUAAGAUGAUGAGGCAACUGCGGAUGGUGAAUCGUCUUCUGUUCAUGCUCCAUGAUCCAACGUUGACCCACGCCACCAUUCAGUCCAUCGCUAAUCUAUUGAGUGUUAUGCUACAAGGAGGGUCCAGCAGCUUGGACCUACUGCUUGUUGGUCAGUUCAUCGCAUCCACCUUGCCGAGUCUAUCCAUCGAUGAGAGGAUGGUCACAAUGGAUGAACUCCAGUGUCUUAUCUCAGACACUGAUUCACAGAAAGGAAGUAGAGAUAACGAGAGCAUGUCUGAAGACUGGUCUGGAUUGGUCUCUCCUCAUAACAUCCAUCUUAGAAAUGUCCUCCUCGAUGUCAUCUUGAAACUUCUCUUUGUUCCAAAUACUCACAACGUCAACCCUAGUAUAUGUGAAGAGGUUCAGAAGGUGCUUGGCUAUGAUUGGCUGCUUCUAGUCAUACAGAGUCACGUCCAUGCGACCACAGUCAUAAUGGGGUUACGUAUCCUAGUAACCAUGCUCCACAACCAAUCAGCAAUCAGUAAGUUCCGCGACGGGUCGUAUGGCGGCGGGUGGCUGGACCACACAGAAGCAGUCUUACAGAACAGAAUGGGUGUCGUGUUGGGUUUCAAUCUUGGAAAGGGCAAGAAGGGUGUACAGAAUCGUGAGAUCAACCAGGAGACGUGUCACAUGCCAGGCUUCACCGUCUUACAGUGGCUUCUCCCUAAACACGCCAGCGUACCAGGGAUCUACUUCCUUCUCAUGGCCAUGUCACUCGGACAGCACGUCAGGGAACUACCAGAGAAUUGUCAGUUGGAUUUGAAUUCUAUGUGGCAGUUUAUCUUCGGUGUUCCGACGACUCAGCCGUUGGCGGGUCGGGUGUCAACCAACAUCUGCACCGAUGCCAUCCUCGUCAUCCUAGCCACGAUCAGAGCGAUGCUCAACCAUAAUAUAGAUCCAGAUGAGAGCAUCCCUUGGAUUCAAGAAUACCCAGUGACUCUGAUUCAAUUCCUUAAGUACUUGUACCACAACGUGACGGAGUUUAAACCGGUGUGCAUGAGCGCCCCGUUCCUGUGUGGUUUAGCGGCGACCUUGUUUCCAUACAUUGCUAAUACUGAACAGGUCCUCUCCCCCAUUGAUGAGUACGUUAAUGUCAGCUUGCCAAGUGAGGACAACAGUGAGUUAUCGUCACCAUCAGAUGAGAUAAAGUACUUACCUGGUCUGGAUAUUCCAUUCUUUGGGAUCAAGAGUCCAGACAGGUACCCUGGGCAGUCUGGGAACCUGACCUUUCAUCCCGCGAGGCGCUGUGUUAUGGACUUCUUACGAGUCAUCGUCAUGGAUAGUUUAUCGCUCUCAGUACCGAGCAAGACGCCCCCAGUCCUGGAUCUAUUGCUUGAGGCCUCUCCAGUUCGCUCCACGCCGAUGCAGACAAAUGAGUUCCAAACGGAGGUGUUGGCAAACCUGAUGGAUCGUCUCGUCGCAGGUGAUGUUCUUCUGGAAAGAGAGAGCGCCCUCCCGAUCGCGGCGGGCGGAAGCUUCAACAAUCUUAUUAAUAACGUCUUCUACAUCAGCUCCAGGGUGGUGGAUAAACUAUGGCAGGGCGUCUUCAACCACAAAUCCAAGGAAGUGUUUGAGUUUGUAGCCCAGUUGAUUGGACAGGCCAAACGAAGAGGCUCUCAUGGGAUUCCUUGGGAUACCAUCUACCAUUGUGUGAAUCGAACAGUUCUGUAUCAGCUCUCAAGACCACAUAAUACAGUUGCAGAUCAGUUUUCUUUACUGGAGUCUCUACAUCAGAUAACGGAGAAUCGGAUUAUGCUGUUUGGUUCGAGUAACUCUGAGCAAGAGUUCAUUGCGUGUCUGUGCCAUCUGCUUUUCAGUCUUACGGAUGAAUUCAGCACCGGUGGAAUGUGUCUCCACUGCCAAUCAACCGACCUGAAUCGUACAACCCAGUGGCACGUUGACCCCAUGUUCCCUGGAGGUCACUCGGAGGGCGACUGUCACGAACACGAGAACGCUCACGCCCAGGAAGGCCAACUACUGGUCCGGAAAGCAUCGCGGAGAGUCUGGGAUGAUCUCGUAACUAGCAAGAAACAGUUUAUCGAGGAGAUCUUCAAGGUGACGCUUCCAAAUUCGAAUGCUGGAACCAAAAACGGGGUGUCGGUUGAGUUGAAGAUCGCAAGAUCUUCCAUGGGUGAGUCUGCCUCUAAGACUUGGAAUAAUUACAUAACAGCAGAGAAGAAGACAUCACAGAGGGAACAGCAAGCUCUGUCUAGAUUAUCCAGUAAAGUGAGCAAUAGUUUUCAGCUGCUGUCGUCAAGUCGUAAGAGUAAACGAGAGAGCGCAUCCUUCAAGUACAACCUGCCGUCAAUCCAAGAGGCCAGCGUGUGGACCUUUACUCAUAUUUCAAUCGCUAGAGACCUCGUUGAGCAUCAGUAUAACCAACAUCAACAGAGCCAGCAGCAUCUCCAGCGUUACAUCACAGAGGAGUGGUCCCAGAUGGAGAUGGAGCUGACGAGAGAGAGGGGACUGUGGGGUCCUCCUUGCGGCUCAGAGCUGGAUAAAUGGAUCUUAGACAUGACUGAGGGUCCCUCCAGGAUGAGAAAGAAGGUGUUGAGGAAUGACAUGUUCUACGAUAACUACCCUCAUCGGGAAGACUUCGAUACCCUGGAGAAUAAGCCUUCCAAGGGUCGUAAACCAAUCAGCUUUGACAGCAGGAAGUACUGGCUGCGGCAACGGGUCCGGAGUCUUCUAGUCAGAGGGGAGGGGCCGGUGACAGACCCCCUGACAGAACCCGGGAUAGAUACCGAUAUAUCUAUGGAUGGGGUGGAGGAAGAGGCUGGAACUAGAGAAGGUCUCCGUCCCUCAUCUCUCGUAACAAAGCAAUUAGGAAACUCCAGACAAGACAAGGAGUGGGAAGAUAGUGAAACGCCAGAUUUGGAGACGCCGGUGGAUAAACCAGAAGAGCCCAAGACGGACAAUCAGAUGAUUCUCAGACUGCUCGAAGAAGGAGAAAAGAUUCGUCACAUGUUCCGAUGUGCUCGUAUCCAGGGCCUAGACACCAGUGAAGGGCUCCUUCUUUUCUGUAAGGAACACUUUUACGUCGUCGAUGGUUUCACUUUACUCAGCUCAAGAGAAAUAUGUGACAUUGAUGCAGUUCCAGCUCAACAUCAAGAUCCUAUCAUUCCAAGAGCCUCUAGGGGUCAAAGGUCAAGCCAGAAGCGGACGUGCAGCAAGUUUGCAUAUGAAGACAUCCGUGAAGUUCAUAAGAGGCGGUACCUUCUCCAGCCCUCUGCCAUCGAAGUCUUCUCAGCAGACGGUCGGAAUUAUCUUCUUGCUUUCCCGCGCAAGGUCAAGAACAAAGUAUAUGCCAGGUUCGUUGCCGAAGCAACCAGAUUAACCGACGAUGCGUCAUCGGUAGCCGGUCAGAAGAGGAAUGUACAAGUGGAAGGAGGGAAUAGUUUCUUAGGUCUUGGCAAUCUCAUCGGAGAGAAGACUGUUACUCAGAGGUGGGAGAGAGGUGAAAUAACUAACUUCCAUUAUCUGAUGGCGCUGAACACCAUCGCCGGUCGUAGCUACAAUGAUCUCAUGCAGUACCCUGUGUUCCCAUGGAUCCUGGCAGACUAUGAUUCUGAGGAACUCCGUUUAGAUAAAUCAUCAACUUUCCGUGAUUUGAGCAAACCCCUGGGAGCCCAGACCGAGGAACGACUGAUGCAGUUUAAGAAGCGCUAUGAUGAAUGGGAAGAUCCUACAGGUGAGACCCCACCAUACUACUAUGGCACACACUACUCAUCGGCUAUGAUUGUGGCCUCUACCUUAGUCAGGAUGGAACCCUUCACUCAGCAUUUCCUCAGAUUACAGGGCGGCCAUUUUGACUUGGCGGACCGUAUGUUCCACAGUAUCAAAGAUGCGUGGUUGUCGGCGUCCAAACACAACAUGGCCGACGUGAAGGAACUCCUUCCAGAAUUCUUCUAUCUACCAGAGUUUAUGACCAACCACAAUAAUUUUGACCUCGGAAUAAAGCAGAGUGGCAUUGAGCUGGGAGACGUUAUUUUACCUCCCUGGGCUAAAGGAGAUCCAAGGGAGUUUAUUCGAAUGCAUCGAGAGGCCUUGGAGUGCGACUACGUCAGUGCCCAUCUCCACGAGUGGAUUGAUCUGAUCUUUGGUUACAAGCAGCAAGGCAAGGAGGCGGCAGAAGCUCACAAUGUCUUCCAUCAUCUCUUCUAUGAAGGUAACGUAGACAUCUACAGCAUCGACGACCCUCUCAAGAAGAACGCCACCAUCGGAUUCAUCAAUAACUUUGGGCAAAUCCCUAAGCAGUUGUUCAAGAAACCCCAUCCCCAGAAGAAAGUCAGCAACAAGAUCGGUGACGUUAGCGGCUCAGUCAUUCCCAUCAAUAGAUUGUUCUUUCACAAUCUGGACACCUUGAGACCCUCUCUGCAACCCUUGAAAGAGUUGAAGGGUCCUGUCGGUCAAAUCAUCCCAUCAGAGAAGAUCCUCCUGGCUGUCGAGCAGAACAAGGUCCUCAUUCCACCAGUCUAUAAUCGAUUCCUUGCCUUCGGUUACGCGGAUCUCAGUCUGCGUAUCGGCAGCUACGAUUCAGACAAGGCUACCACUGUGUUUGAGGGGACGCUAAGCGGACAGAUUCAGUGUGCGGUGUGUCCAAAUACAAGAAUGGUGGUGACUGGAGGGGCUAGUACGGUGGUUCACGUUUGGCAACUUGAGGCCCGUAAGGAACGAUCAAAACAGCUGUAUCUCAAACAGGCGUUGUACGGUCACAACGACGUGGUGACCUGCCUUGCUGUCUCCACUGCCUACAACAUCAUCAUCAGCGGAUCCAAAGAUCAAACCUGCCUCAUGUGGGACCUGAACCGACUGAUCUUCGUUAGGCAGCUCCGGGAUCUUGGGGCACCAGUGUCUGCUGUUGCCAUCAAUAACCUUACGGGUGACAUUGCAACGUGCGCUGGUGCUUUUCUGUAUCUAUGGAGCAUUAAUGGUGAACUAGUCGCCAGUGUCAACACGUCUACCGGUCGAGAUCAGAGAAUCUUGUGCUGUGCGAUGUCGGAGAUGGUGGAGUGGGACUCCCAGAACGUGAUCAUGACGGGCUCUAGCGACGGGGUCGUCAGAAUGUGGAGUGUUGAGUACGUCCAGGUGCCAGACAUAUCAAGUUCCAAAAGGUCGUCGACUUCGAAUAGCCUACAGCCGGAUGACACGUUAGUGUCAAAGGUAAAGGACGAAGACUGUACCUCAGAGAGCCAAUCAGAGGACAGUCAGAGUUUCAGUAGCGCCUUGAACGAAGAAAGCGAGGUUUCCACGCCGACAAAAGGCAGCGUCGAUAAAGUGAUGUCGGACUCGAGUCCGGAUGACAUGAACGAGGUGCUAAUGAUGUCCGACGCGGGAGGGUACGACUGCGACACCCUCAAGGCUAAUCGAAACUCUAAAGUUAGCGUGAAUGAAAUGGAUGGGCACAAUCCGAGACUCACCCCUCCGUCUAGUCUUCCUGUCGAGGGAACUUACAUCGAUAACAGGCCCGGAAUAACUCUAACCCAACCUGGCGAUACGACGAUGACGACUCCGGAUAAUCUGGACUCCUGCAGUGAUGCGACGAGCUUUACCACGGGGGAUGACGUGAGUGACAUCAUCAACGGUAACCAAGGCGAUGAGACGGAUAGCCUAGGCAGUGGUUUGAGGGUGGGGGAGAACGGCGUGACGCCACCGAGCCCCAUGCAGCGGGGAGAGUACGUCAUCCUCUCGGAGAGUGACUUUGAUAAAUACGAUGACGAUUUCAAGAAGCGAGAGAGAAUGUCGGCUUCUCACAGGAACAAGCUUAAGCCAGGUUUUAAGUGGCAGCGGCAGUUGGUGUUCCGAAGUAAACUGACCAUGCAUACAGCAUUUGAGCGGAAAGACAAUGUACAACCAGCCGCAGUAACAGCUCUUGCAAUCUCAAGGGACCAUAUGAAGGUGUUUGUUGGUGACGAGAGGGGCCGAGUCUUCAGCUGGUCCGUAGCUGACCAACCAGGGAAGGUCAUGACGGACCACUGGGUCAAAGAUGAGAGCAGCGAUACCUGUGCCUCCUGCAGUGUCAAGUUCACCUUCGCGGAGAGACGCCAUCACUGCCGCAAUUGUGGAAAACUCUUCUGUUCAAGAUGCAGUAGGUUUGAGUCUGAGAUACAGCGUCUUCGGAUCAGCAAGCCAGUACGCGUCUGUCAAGCGUGCUACAAUACUCUCAAAGCACCCGCUGACCCGCCAUUCAGAACGUGAGAGAAGGAUCAACUCAUUGCCAGCAAUUUCUGCUAAGCAGAAACAGUUCACCUGUGUAUUUUAAGCAGUUUGUAUGUGCAGCUGGAAACCAGUCUCUCUAUAAGUGACUGGAAAGCAAUGGUGACCGAUAAGCCUGCUUAUUGGUUAAGUAUUACUGUAAGCAGUAAUAGCAGGGGACCAGUAUUGUCUUGUGUAUAAAGGAUGCAGUAUCUCAAAGCUGGUAACCAGCAAGCCUGCUUAUCUCUUAUACUGGUAUAAGCAAUUGCUUUGCAGGAUUGUCGAUUUGGUGGUUACCACCAAACCUGCUUAAAGGAGGUUCUUAUUGAAAAACGGCAAAUGGGCAAAUUCUGUAAACAGGAAAAUCUGUCAAAUUGUACCAUUAAAAACUAAUGUAUUCUAUUAAUUUUUUUUUGGGGGGGGGGUUUUUACCCAUACACCGAUGUGUGUUAGCACUGUAUACUCAGUGCU